GGCAGUGCCGCGAGCCGCGGAGCGCGGACUCGGACCCGGACCCAGCCGGGUGCGGAGGCGCCAGAGCGCCAAGACGACUGAGAGAUGACGGCUGGGAGCCCCGGAGACUGCGGGGAGGCGCGGAGGAGCCCCGAGGGCCGCGUCUCCCGCCUGGGCCGCCGCCUGGGCCGCCGCCGGCGCCCGCGCUCCCCUCCCGAGCCCCUGCGGGUGCGGGCGCGGCUGCGGCUGCGCUCGCCGUCGGGGGCGUUCGCGGCGCUGGGGGCGCUCGUGGUCCUGGUGGGCAUGGGCAUCGCAGUGGCCGGCUACUGGCCGCACCGCGCCGGGGUCCCGGGGCCCCGGGCUGCAAACGCCAGCGCGCCCCCCCUGAGCGAGCUGCGGCGUGAGGGUCGGGGCGCCGGCCGGGCCCACGGCCCGCACGAGCGGCUGCGACUCCUCGGGCCCGUGGUCAUGGGCGUCGGCCUGUUCGUGUUCAUCUGCGCCAACACGCUGCUCUAUGAGAACCGAGACUUGGAGACGCGACGGCUUCGUCAGGGGGUGCUGCGGGCUCAGGCGCUCCGACCCCCGGACGGCCCGGGCUGGGACUGCGCUCUCCUCCCCAGCCCUGGCCCCAGGACUCCCCGAGCCAUAGGCUGCGUGGAGCCAGAAAGCUGGGACCUGUCCCCGCGUCGGGGUACCUCACCAGUCCCGUCAGUGCGGAGUCUGCGUUCAGAGCCUGCUAAUCCUCGCUUGGGGUUACCUGCCCUGCUCAACAGUUACCCGCUGAAGGGCCCAGGGCUGCACCCACCCUGGGGUCCACGGACCCAGACUGGCCAUGUGAUUAUCACCGUGCAGCCCUCUGGUUCCUGCAUUGAACAUUCCAAGUCUCUGGAUCUGGGCCUUGGGGAGCUCCUGCUUAGGGCCCCAGCAGCUCGGGACUGUGCUCACCGAAGCUGGCCACGGCUGGACCGCCUUAGUCUGGGGGGUUACGCCAAGUUGGGAAGAGGAGGGGACUUGGGGGCCCGGGUCUGAGAAGCAGGGACAGCCUGCUGAGGCUGCAGCAUGGACCAUGGUACAGGACUAGGACUGGGAGUCCCAAUGUCUAGUAGAUGCUUCAGUCCCAUCCCAGACUGGGGAUGGAUGCUCUGGCCCCAGCAGCUGCUAAGGCAUCCUGACUUGCAUGUCGGCAGAGAAAUGCCAACUGCACAAGGGUUCAAAAAGCCGGAGAGAAUGUGUUUUAACGUGGAAUCUGGAGACCAGCAUGACUCAGCCUUAGGAAUUCCUUCAGCCUCCAAAAGUGGCCUUAGCCCUGAACAGGUACCUGAGGGGGCUGGAGGUCCAGGCCAGGGUGAUUGGGAGAUGUAUCUGGUGUCUUGGCAAACCCAAAGUGGUGGGCAAGGACCCUAAGACUUGGAAGGUAGGUUGUGAUGAUACAGGCUGGGACAGGCUCCCUCCAAGGUGGCACUAGUGAUAGAGUUUGGGCCUCUGGGAAGACGGGCAAUGGGGUGGAGCUGAGAUGUUCCACCGCCACCUGGGAUGGAGACUGAGCCUUUAACUCCUACCACGUCAACCCCUCCCGCCCUCAGCCAUGCAGGGUAUAUCCCACGAGGGCUACACUACUGCCAAUGCCUUCAUACUGAGGGUCCGGCCCCUCCCCAAAGAGGUCUGAGAAGCCCCCUUUCUCUCCUUUGUUGUGGCCUGUGCCACGAAAUUUCCCUCCAGUUGGCAAAUAGCAUAUGCCAGUUCCCAGAAAUCCUUUUAUAUGUUGAAGCUGCAUUUUGGUCAAUGUGGACAGCUUUAGAAAAUGGCUUGGAUUUGGGUCUUCCUGUCGCAUGUUUAAUUUUUCCCGAGUUGCCGGUAAGAGAAGAGAACUUUAAAAGUUGAUCAAUCUUCACAGAGUCAGUCCUUUUUUUUUAAGUUUAUUGAAAAAUGCAAUACAAGAAGAAGCAAGACCAAACAGUAUCUAAACACUACCACCACUUCUCUAACUACAAAAGGCCAAAACGGCAGACCUAAUUAUUGCCUAUUUAAUCUAAGGAAUUUGCCAAUUUGAUUCGGCUGGCAUAGUUCCUAUUUUGUCAAGAAAUGUAAACAACUACUUGAUAUGAUUCAUAAUUUUUUUUUUAAUUUACAAAGCUCCUUCAUUUUUGUCACCAAAAUAAAACAUUUGAGAGAGAUCUGUAAAACCAACCAGCCUGGGGCUAAGAUCCUGGACAGGUAUUUCCCACGAGCCUUCCUUGGUGUUGGUCAGGCCAUAGCCCUGGCUCCAUUUCCCGAGGUGGACUGUUGCUCCCUCACCCUCAGCUGCCCUGCAGAACACAUGGUGGGGGGCUGAGGGCGGGCAGAGAUUGCCUGACAGGUCCCUGCAGCCAGGCUCUGUGGGCCCCCAGCGGAUAAAUUCAGGUCCUGCUUUGUGGGUGGGUUGGGUAGGUGGGUGGCAGAGACCUGACGUGGCUUGGAAGAAAUCUUUGUUUCUGAAGUGAGAUAAAAAUAAAAUUGCAGUGAGAGUUGUUACUGUGCUGUGUCUGAGUCACUUUAGGAAAACUGCCAAGUUGUUGACACUGGAAACGAACUCUUCUCUCCUCUUCACCAUUUCCACCUGGACAGUCUGUUUUUCUUCACACACACGCACACACACAGUUGCAGGAAGAAAAAAAAAGAUCCAAACAAUUGCCAAACCCCAAGUUCUGUAACCAGAGAAGGAGGGAAAGGAAAGAGGCUUGGAAGGACACCCCUCAUGCUGGCUUGUCCAAAUCAUGGCUUCUCAGCGCCAGAAGGGCAUUGGAGAUCUUCUGGUCCGAUUUAUAGACAAGGAAGCAGGGUGAAGUGAGUUGGUGACAGAUUGAGGGGAAGUUCAGGCCCCUGAUUUGUGGUCCUAGGCAGUGAAAGUGGCCACACUGACCUGGAUGGCACAGAAUACACAGUGUGCCAGGUUCCUGACGUGCAUGCUGUGCCCUCUUCCUUUCCCCAUCUUCAUUCCACAGGUUGCAGCUCUGUGAGCUCCAGCAGCUCUUCCAGCAGGACAGCUGGCCAUUGGCAAGUGAGCUCACAUCGCAUGCCUAUUUGAUGUGAGCUGGAUUUCCAACCUCACCACCACUCUGGGCAACAAAGUUCGGGCUUGGGCAUGGCCUGGAAAGCCCCAUCGUUCCACACCAUUAUGGCCCAGGCUGUCUGUCCCUGAGACAGGGCACUCUCCUUCCCCCCAAGCCUGUCACAUAUCCCACCUGAGCUCUUCCUGUCCCUGCCCAGAGAGAGCUACCUGUUGGUUACUAACAGUCUCAAGUAAGUACUAAGAGAAAAACGCACACUCGUGAAAUCAGUUCAAACCAACUGAGUUUGUCUAAACAAAGCUCAGCCAGCAGAGACUCCGGAGACGUGCUGCGGGCUCCCCACUGCCGGGAGCAGAGGCUGUAGACUUCUCUCCUGCUCACCCCGCCCUGGAGCCCCCAGCGACUGCUGACUGUGACCCGCUGUCCACCUCAGGAAGCUCACUUUCUGUCCUAGAAUGAGGAUUCUAAGAACUUGUAGGUAGAUCUGUUUGUGGGAAGCAAGCUGGAAGAUCAGAGAAGCCCUACUGAAUAAAAAUGUCCCCUAAUCUUUACCAGGAAUAGUGGAAUUGGGGACAUCAGUCCUCAUUUUCAAAAACAAAAACAAAAAAUUAAACCCAAACCCACCACACACAUCAAGCCACAAAACCUGACAGACCUCAGAUGGCAAGUGGGGAUGAGUGGAGCUGGUGUUUGUACCCCUUGUCAAGUGGGGUUCUGUGGGGAGCGUGGCCCCUAAAAGCCAAUUCCCACGCUCCAGAAGGGUAUCUGCAAGCAGGGGCCGGUCUGGACCAUGAUUGCCUCCUCUCUCAGUCACAUCCUCUCUCACCCCAGGAUUAAAGAGAGAGGCUCAGGGAUGGUCUCCUGGAAAUACUUCUUAGCAGGAUCCAACUGAGGUAACCCCCCCACCACUCCCCUGUGUGAAGUGCACAUUCCCAGAACUAGAACACCGUUAAAAAAAUCUCGUCAACUUUCUUUGUCCAAAUCACCACUAAAAAUGUGCGGUCAGUGCUUUUGGCCCAAAGUGCCUAUUCUUCUGUGAGUUUUGGUCUCUCCUGAGAUGGGAGGUGGGGGGAGCACUUAGCAGAGCCACUGCUUCUGAUGAGGUAAAAGGGGAGGGAGGGCAGGAAGGUGAAGGCCACAGAUAUGUUCAAACAUUCACAGUAUCAGAUAUAUCUGAAGCAACUUCUUAUGUGUUUGAUCUAAAGAAGCUCCAAAAAGAAAGAACAGGAGAGAGGAAGGAAAACAAUACUACAUUCUUAGCAGAGGCCUCUGCCUCACCAAACCACCCUCAGCAAAGGGACAGGGACAUCUUCCUGGGGUCUCUGGAUCAGGGCAGUCGCCCUGCCUGACAUUCUGAUAAAGUUACAUCACUGGCUCUGAGAAAGGGCUGGUUUAUGAAGUUUCUGCUGCCAUCUAAAGGGUAUAAACCAGGGGAGGAGGAGGGAAGCC